UUGAGAAUAAUAAUGAAGAUUAGGUGUGAUGUUUGUGACAAAGAAGAAGCCUCUGUGUUUUGUUCAGCUGAUGAAGCUGCUCUUUGUCAUGGCUGUGAUGGUAGAGUUCACCAUGCAAAUAAACUAGCCAGUAAACAUCUGCGUUUCUCUCUUUUUAACCCCAGUUUCAAAGACUCCCCUCUCUGUGAUAUCUGCCAGGAGAGACGUGCCUUACUGUUUUGUCAAGAAAAUAGGGCCAUUCUUUGCAGAGACUGUGAUAUAUCAAUUCAUAAAGCCAAUGAACACACCAAGAAACACAACAGGUUUCUUCUCACUGGUAUUAAACUUACUGCUUCUUCUUCUUCAUAUCCAACCUCCUCAUCAUCUAAUUGUUGCGAUACCAUAACAACAACAACAACAUCGAAAACCAUGAACAAAAGUAGUGCUUCAGUUUCUAAUUUGAUACCAUCAACACCAUACAAGGUUGAAGAUAACAAUCAAAUAAGCGAUAAUUGUUCAGUUUCAACCAGUAGCAUAUCUGAGUUUUUAAUGGAGACAUUACCCGGCUGGUGUGUUGAAGAUUUUCUUGAUCCCUCUUCAUCUGCAGCUUCAAAUGUUAUGUGUAAGACUUCUGAUAAGUUUUUGUCAUUUGGGGAAGAAGAUCAUUCAGCAAUCUGGGUGCCUGAAGUUUUUGUUCAGUCCCCUCAAGUUCCAUUGUAUUGUCCCCAAAAUGGCUUCACAGAUGGAUUAUUCAAGGAGUCAACAGAAGCUAACAGCUUCAAAUUUAGCAGAAAAUGGUAUGAUAAUGGCUUCACAGUUCCUCACAUCAGUACUCAACCAUUCAAGAAGCCCAGAUACAGUAGGUAGAAUUUCAUACCAUAUGUUUUGUU